AACUGUUUUGCACACGCGUUCGGGCACAGAAAAGCUCGGCGCACCUGGGCGGCUGGGCCUAUAAAUGGCCACUCAGACCCAUCUCUUGAGAGAGAGAGAGAGAGAGAGAGAUGGAGCUGAAUCCAGUACAGCCGGCAACGUGGUCCUUCCUCCUAUCAUCUCCCUUCAUCUUCCCACCCUACAACAACAUCCUCACCGUCCAGAACUACGUUCAUUGGACAGAGACUCCCGAAUCACACCUCUUCUCUGUUAACCUCCCCGGUGUGAAGAAGGAGGAGAUAAGAAUCGAAGUCGAAGAUUCCCGAUACCUCAUUAUCCGAACAGAGCGAACCUCUGAAGCGACGGAGCUGGCGAUGAAUUUCAUGAGGAAGUUCAGGCUCCCUGAGCGUGUUGAUCUCGACGGAAUCUCCGCCGGCCUUGAUGACGGCGUCUUGACCAUCACCGUUCCCAGAUCCUUCGUCAGAGGCCGGUUCCGGAUCGAUCCAGCUGAUUUUCCUGACACGCGUCAUCUCCUUGCACGUGCUGCUUGAAAUUCAUGUGAUUGAGUUUGAAUUUCUACUCUUUUUUAUUUUUAUUAUUGAUUGUUGGAAUUUUAGAGUUUUUCAAUCGAGUGUAGGGGUUUGGUGUGAAGAUUUUCAUGGUGUUGGUAUUUUCGUAAUUUCAGUACGUAAAUCUGUGUAAAUUUUAAGAAAUUAGUGGUAGGUUCAUUGUGUUAUUUUAAUUUCAUUUAUAUAUUUGAAUUCUGAAGAAAUUUUAGUUUCUA